CUCUGCUCUCUGAUUGGCUGAGCGUCCUGUCAAUCGAUGAUGCAGCGGCCAAUGGCAGUCGUCGGCAGGCGAUACAAACGGACAGCCGCCAUGUUGUGUAGCCGGUGGAUGUUCCCGCCGCUGGACGCGAUGAGUCGUCCGUCCUCAGCCGGAGGACCCGGGGCGGCGGCCGGGGGACCCGGAGCGGGCAAAGCAGGCGGAGAGAACAAUGGCGGCUCCGGAGCCGUCACCGCUGCAGCUGCCGCAGCCGGUGUGAGCUCCGUCACCGGGUCUGGCUCUGCUCCUCCUGGCGCCGCCGCCGGGUCCCUGCCCCCGGCCGGACUGACCGGGCAGCCCGCGGAGCUCACGGCUCUGUUCGAGUGUCCGGUGUGUUUGGACUCCGUCCUGCCGCCCAUCCUGCAGUGUCAGGCGGGUCACCUGCUGUGUAACCUCUGCCGCCAGAAGCUCAGCUGCUGCCCGACCUGCCGGGGCCCGCUCACCCCGAGCAUCCGCAACCUGGCCAUGGAGAAGGUGGCCUCCACCCUGCCGUUCCCCUGUAAGUACUCGUCGGCUGGCUGUCUGCUGUCGCUUCACCACAGUGAGAAGCCCGAUCACGAGGAGGUUUGCGAGUUCAGGCCGUACACGUGUCCGUGUCCCGGGGCGACCUGCAAGUGGCAUGGCCCGCUGGAGGCCGUCAUGCCGCACCUGAUGCACGCGCACAAGUCAAUCACGACACUGCAGGGGGAGGACAUCGUCUUCCUGGCAACAGACAUCAGCCUCCCGGGCGCUGUGGACUGGGUGAUGAUGCAGUCGUGUUUCAGUCACCACUUCAUGCUCGUCCUGGAGAAGCAGGAGAAGUACGAGGGCCACCAGCAGUUCUUUGCCGUGGUGCUGCUCAUUGGCACCCGCAAGCAGGCUGAGAACUUUGCCUACCGCCUGGAGCUCAACGGCAACCGCCGCCGGCUCACCUGGGAGGCCACG